UUGUGGGGACGGGGGCGGUCCGGGACUCUCCUGCCGCCUCAGGCUGCCCGCGCGUCCCUCCGCGCUUUGCUGGCGCUGCCCGCCGCUCUCUGUCGCGACAUAGGGUGACACAGGGUGACAUAAGGGGACACAGGGUGCCAUCCCGCCGCUCGCCGUGCCCCGGGCACCCCGUCCUGCGCCAUGGCCACGCCGGCCAAGCGGCGGGCGCGGGUUCCCGCCGGGGAGCAGAGCUCCCACAGCGCCUCCGACAGCGSCUCCGACAGCGGCUCUGAGGGCUCCGGGGCAUCGCGGGCAUCCGAGUGCUCGGACUCGGACGAGCCCAUCGAUGAGGAAGUGAAUAUUGAAUUUGAAGCACAUUCCAUAUCAGACAAUGACUACAAUGGGAUAAAGAAGCUACUACACCAGUUGUUUCUAAAAGCUCCUGUUAACACAGCUGAAUUAACUGAUAUAUUAAUACAACAGAAUCAUAUUGGAAGUAUUAUCAAGCAAGCAGAAGUGCAGGAAGACAAUAGUGAUGAUGAUGAUGAUGAAGAUGAUGAUGAAGUCUUUGGUUUUAUAAGCUGCUUGAACUUAACAGAAAGGAAGGGCACCCAGUGUGCUGAGCAAAUCAAAGAGCUGCUUCUGAGUCGCUGUGAGGAGAGCUGUGACCAGYGUGUGGUGGAACAGCUGAGUAAACUCCUCAAUGACAGCACAAAGCCUGUGGGGCUCAUCCUGAGUGAAAGGUUCAUCAAUGUUCCUCCACAGAUUGCUCUGCCCAUGCACCAGCAGCUCCAGAAAGAGCUGAUUGAGGCACAGAGAACAAACAAACCUUGUGGAAAGUGCCACUAUUACCUCCUUAUCAGCAAGACCUUCACAGAAGCUACAAAGAGCAAUUCUAAGAGGAAAGGAGGGAAGAAUCAGCCAAAGGAGGAAUUAAUGUUUGCAAAUGCAGAGGAAGAAUUCUUUCAUGAGAAAGCCCUUCUGAAAUUCAACUACUCUGUGCAAGAGGAGAGUGACACCUGCCUGGGUGGCAGAUGGUCCUUUGAUGAUGUACCAAUGAAGCCUUUGAGGACUGUUAUGAUAGUUCCAGCUGAUGGAAUUAAUGGAAUUAUGGAUAAACUGAAAGAUUAUCUCUCUCUCUGAACUCCUCUACAAACMCCAGGUUUUUAUAGAGCAGCCAUGCAGAACUGUGACUUCACAAUAUUUUCAGAACUGCUGUUGAGUCAACGGUUUUGUGCAACCAGAAAUAUCCAACAAAUGAAUAUUUUUAAAUAUAUCAUCUUAUUUUACUCUGCUUAUUUUACAUCAUGAAGCAGUCAAUAAAAACCCAGUGUCAGAAGAAAACCUGAGUAUCUGCCCAUUAUAUUUUUACAAAGCUAAAUGUGGUUUUGUUCCAAAAUAAUGCAUGCAACCUCUUUCGUUGAGAAAAGUGCUUUUUCUUUAUGUUCUUUCUGUUAAAUACAUUUAUGUCAAAAGUUUGCAAUAAUUAUAUGGGUUAAGGUGGGGAUGUGCUUUGAAUAUAUUGCUUUUAUUUACUGCUGUCCAAUAUGUGACAAUUCAGUCUAAAAUCACUGAAUAACACAUCCCUGCUCAGUGGGAGKUU